AUGUGCUCCCGCGGCUCCUGCCACGACUACGAGUCCUCCUGCCACGGCUCCCGCUCCUCCUGCCACGACUCGGGGUCCUCCUGCCACUACAGCAUCCAGAGGCAGCCUGUGCAGAAGUUCAGCUACGUGACACCCUGUUGUGCCCCAGUGCAGCGUUACUGCCCCCCAAUGCAGAUUUAUUGCCCCCCAGUGCAGCGUUAUUGCCCCCCAGUUUGCCCCCAGGUCACCAAGAACAUCUGCAAGCUGCCCACAUACCCCAAAUUCUGA